ACUUUGACAUUUUUACCGUCAAUGUCAUUGUCAAUCUCCAAUCAGCUGAUUGUUCAAAAUUUCAAAACAAAACAGUUUGAAACACACAAAAAUAUUUUUUUAAUCAAUAAAAUAAUUAAUAUCACAAGAAAUGGACAGUUGCUUCAUAGAUGUAACAGUGGAGUUUUUAUGCGUGGCUUUUCACAACAUUCUGUACUACACCUCAGUGUACCCGCGAAGCAUAUUUGAAACAAGACGAAAGUAUAGCAUGGUGGUGUACCAUUCCACGCAUCCUGAAGUGAACCAGUACAUAGAUCUUUGUCUGAAAAGUGUAGCGGAGUGUCUGAAGAAUGGCCAGCUCAGUCGCGUGGUGUUCGCCGUCACUGACGAAUCACACCAGCCUGUCAUGAAGUUUACAUUCGACUUGAACAAAAGUGAUCACUUCGAUGAAACUGUUGAUGCAUACUUGGUGCAGUGUGAACAGAACUUAAGAGCGUUCUGCCUCUCCCUUUCGUCUUUAACCUCAAAAUUCAAAGAACUACCCGAAGACAGCAGUUUCACUAUUCACUUACAUACAAAUGAGUCAAAUGCAGUUGCUUUAGAGACUAAUCCUGAUUUAGAGGACUUUCCAUUAGUGGAAGUGAAGGAACAGACACAGGAGGCUGAGAGAAUAAUACCAAUAAGACAAUUUUCAAUUAAAAAUUAUAAUUUUGAUACAUACAUAGAAUUAUAACAUCAGUUUAUAUUAUUUAAUACCAUUAGCAUCAACUACACAAUACUAUUUACAAGUGAAACUAAUAUGAAGGUAAAACAAUGUACAACAUGAUACA